AUCAUGGCACCUACUGGUAAAUCCAGCGGCAAGGCAGUUAAAAAAUCUGGUAAAGCCCAGAAAAACAUUAACAAAGGAGAUAAGAAGAAGCGUGGAAAGAAAAGGAAGGAAUCCUACGCCAUUUACAUCUACAAAGUCUUGAAGCAGGUUCAUCCCGAUACUGGCGUUUCUAGCAAGGCUAUGAGUAUUAUGAACAGUUUUGUCAACGAUAUCUUCGAGCGCAUUGCUGCAGAAGCUUCUCGUCUGGCUCAUUACAACAAGAGAUCGACCAUCACAUCUCGGGAGAUUCAGACCGCUGUCAGGCUUCUUCUUCCUGGUGAACUUGCCAAGCACGCUGUCUCUGAAGGCACAAAAGCCGUCACCAAGUAUACUAGUUCAAAAUAAAUUAAGGUUUACUUUUCAAAUCGGCCCUUUUCAGGGCCAUUAAUAUUUUUAAACGUAUAUCAAACUUUACUAGACGCCAAUAUGCAUACUUAGUAAUAUCAUAAAUUUCUGUUGUUUUUCAUACACAAAUGUAGAAAAUAAAAACCAGCUUAUUUUCGAUGAACGCCAAAUU